UAAAGUGAAGUCAAAUAUUUUGCAUCUUUGGUUAAUAGUGAAAAAUGUAUAUCUAAAUAAUUGCAAUAACUUAUCAAAAUACAUAUAAAUACACGUGUACGUGGUACAUUGUUGAAAAAAAUGCUUGCCUUACGCGCUAGCAUGCUAACAAAUAAAGGUUGCCUAUAAAGAUUGUGAAAGUGGCAUUAAAAACGUUUGUUUUAUGAAGACUUAAAGUGCUACUACAUAUACAAUAGGCAGAAUAAAAUUGUUAAAUCAAAUGUACUAUCUUGUGGCGUACAGUUAGCAAUUAUUGCAGCCGAAAGGCUGUAACAAAAAAUUUUCAUAAACGGGAAACAUACCAUAAAUUAUUGUACCAUAUCACACAAUACAAAAGCGAACAGCGAAGUUAGCGUAAAUACUACGACGCAAAGACGCAGGAGCAUGAACCACCCAAAAAACAACAGCCCACGUUUAGAAAAUCGAUAUUAAUUCUAGUCAAAGCGAAUUGUGUGUGUGUUUGUGUGUAUAGUAGUGGCAUUUGUUGGCUGUCAAACAUUUUUUGACCACUUUGGCAGUUUUGCAAAAAGUUUUACACUGGAUGAGACAAGCAUACAGACAUAUGUACAUUCACAUGCACACCUUUCUAUAGUGUAUACAGUUCGGCAUUGAAAUUAUAUAAUCGGGACGUCGUUAGUGUAUCUCAAAUUGAGGCAUCAGAAAUUCUGAUAUUUAUACACAACACAUUUUGGUUCUGAAAUGGUAAAUGGUAACACUGGGACUCUCACAAUGCGUCUCGUCCGAAGCAAAUUACGCAAACGCGACGAACGUCGCAGCGCAUCGCCUACAAACGCUGCUAGUGCUGCUACCGCUGCUGCUGGUGCUGGUGCUGUAGCUGUAUCUGUGUCUGCAGUUGAGGAUCACCACGAGAAUGAGGAUGACCGACCGCGUGCAACAGUGACUUUCAGCAACACUGAGACAUCGGGGACCACCAACAAUUGCAGUCCGACAAUGAAAGACCAUCAACAUGUUACUUUUGUGCGAACGAGCGGCGUCUCGGCUCAACAAACUGUUGGGCAUGCGGAGGUGACUGCUGCCAUUGCUGAAUGGACGUUUCCACCUAAGGCGCCAGUUCCACAUAUCUACCAUAUUAACCCGGAACUGUUGGUAGCUAAUGACAAAAUCAGUUUUAAAGGAUUCCGCAAGCAAUUCAGUGGAAGGUUCAAACGAUUGGUGGCCCGAAAACCGGAACCAGCACCAGUGAUACCUCCAGAACUAAAGCCGCAAUUGAAAACAAUUUAUGUUUAUUAAAUUUAAAACUGUGUGUGUAGAUAUAGUAUGCAAAUGUGAAAAAUGCUACAUCUGCUAUCAGACAAGCAAUCAUUUUUAAAAUUAAUUUUGAAAAGUAUUUCAUAUAGCUUUAUUUUGUAAUGACUAAUUAUUAAAUUCAAUUCCAAAUUUUUUGUGAAUUAUGCAUCGAAAACGACAAAAAUUGCAUACCACCAUACAAAAAAGAAACGUUCUUGGAUACAUUGUAAUUAAAAUACUAACUAACAACAACUAAAAGAUAGAAGAAUUGUGAAUAACUUUUACACAGUUUUUAGAAUAGCACGCUUUUAAUAAAAGAAAGCAAUUGCAAUUUAGAAUGUUUUACUUAGAAAAUUUCGAUUGUCACAUUUUAAUUGACUUAAAUGUAAGAAAAUUUGUAAUUGUACUUAUUUUAGAAAAUAAUUAUUUUUGAAAUUA